UCGGAGGCGGCACAACAAACAACGGGAGCGUUUCGUCGAGCUUGCGCGUCGAUGCUCUUGACAAAUCGCGGAUAUCGACGGUACUGACGAUCGCACGCCAUGAGCGGAUUAACUUGGUAACUCCAGCACAUCGUACGAAAUAAGUGGAAUAACGUUUGAUGUGGACCAGUGCACGGGAACACCACUUACUGACCAUCUUAUGAGCUCGACCUCCAAGACAAGUGUCCUGUUAGCGUUCAGCACGAUAAAACUGAGCACUGGACUGAUAUCUGCUGACUCUCAGCAGCUGUUUUACAGGCAGUGUCCGUUAUGGCCAGACCGCAGAUGGACAGCAGGGUGGACGGACAGAGUCCCCAGAGCUGCAGGAUGGAGGUUCUGCGUCGGGAUGCCUGGCCCGGCGGAAGCACGCAGCCUGCCCCACAGGCGACCCAGUCCCUGGCGCGGCCGUGGCGCCGGAGCGCGGCUACUCAGACCAGCACUGCGCCGCUGCAACUCACCCCUGCACCAGAUGCCUUGAACACGUCUGCUGCCCCACAGCAGGACGGCGCAGGACCCGAGCAGGAGCGAUCCUGUCUGGGUGGGAGGCCGGAGCCCCUGCCUGAUGUCCUGCAGGAGAGGCACGGAGCCCCCCCUGAGGAGGAGCCCACACCUGAGGAGCAGGCGGUGGCAAGGGUCGCCAUCCAGCUGAGGACCAUCGGAGACGAGAUGAACGCAGUUUACCUCCAGAGAAGGAACGAGGGUGCGCAGUGGCAGAACUGGAGAGGCGUGUACCGCGGCCUGGUGGCCUUCCUCGCUGACACCAUCAGCACCCUCUACCAGCAUGGGCUCAGAUGAAUGGCAGGGGGAGGGGGGGGGGGGCAGGAGGCCACCACAGGGGGGCGCUGGCGCUCCCCAGCACAACCACCAAGCGAACUGCACUGGGCUCAGGACCAUCUUUGCCAGACCAGAAUGCACUGGGUCUUCAUCCUUUUUUUUUUUUGUUUUUUUUUAUUUGUGUUGUUUCUCACGUUGUGCAUGUGUACAUGUAGCUUGGGUUUUUCUUUCUGUCUCUUCUGGGGAUUUUUAUGUAGCAUGUGACUGAAGCGUACGUCCAGGUGGGAGGGGCGUGUAGCGGGAGAAAUACGUGUGCCUCGUUGGACUCUAAACUGUGAAGCACAAUCGGUCAGUGUCCAUAGAGUUGCUGACAUCAGCCUAAAGGCCUGGAUACUCCGAGGACAGCAUGUCAAAAAGGAACGUGUCUGACAGCGGCCAGUUCACUAAGAUUAAUCAUGCGACUUGCAUGGUUUCCAUCCGUUGCUCUGUUGUCAUGGUACAUCCAAGGAUGCUUCCGAUGAACCCCGUACGGCUUUCCCAGCACUCGUACGUACCUACACGUCUUUUCAGGUGUGAGGCACCAGUUGUGCCUCAGAUCCAACAGCCAAAAAUCCGAGUAUCCGAGUCGUUAGGCAGCACUAAGUUACAAGGUCUGGUUGUGUUGUAACUCCUCAGGCACUGAAAUGCUGUAUUUGAUGUGGGAGAUGCUCUUUAGCUGCCUUACAGAGCAAUACUGCUGCACAGUCAGUCAGGGGGGUGCAGGGAGACGUCCCCGCACACCACCCAACGGUAGAGGGUCGUACCAUACGAGGGAGGAGGCCGUUGGGCGGAAGGGGCAGGUGUUUCAAGCCGUGAACCCAGUGUGGUGAAUGUGCCUUACGCCACCCUUUAAAAAAAACCCUACAUGUGCUUGAAAUACCAGGGGCAAUCACUGAUCAGUGUGUGGGGUGGGGGUUGGGCCAGUGCCUGUGAGCGCCCAUGUAAAUCUACACUUUGGAACACAAAAUUCAUCACUCAUUUCAAAGAUUGGUCACCUCCAAUGGAGGAACUCAGACUGGGGCCGGCAGACUUUGUGGGCGGGCCAGACCACAGGUUUUCCACAUGGCUGGGUAGCAGUGUUAAUAUUUGUAACAAACAUGUAAAUAUUUUUGGAGAAAAUGGCAACAGGUGAGAGAUGGAAGGAACUGGCCAUUUUCUUUCUGAUGUAUUGUGUAUAUUUUGAUGAAACCUUAAAGUACUUAACAGUUCCUUUUUUUUGUUGUUGAUCAAUAGCAGUGCAGGUUUGAUUUCUUGAACCUUUUGGACCAAUGCUGAGAGGUAAUGAACAUACACAGAUCCAUUUGAUAUUUAAAAAUAUCUAGAUUUGGAUGUCCUUUUAAAAAAAGAAUUUAAAAACAUGUUUAGAUGGUGAGCAUUCCCUUUACAAAUAUGAUAUAUCAUUGCCUGAGAAAGCAAGGUGUAAGUUAUUUAUUUUGUAUGUCCAUUUCUACACUUGGUCCUUAGUAAUUAAUAGAAGGUAAAAUUAAAUAUUUGGUUUAACGUUAAUAAAUGUUUGAAGUUAUUUUCAUGAGUUGUUAGCAAGUGUCCCACUUCCCGCAAAUCUGUGAUCAGGCAGAGUGAGUGUGAAUGGAGAUAUAGUUGUUUUUGGGGAAACAUACUGUAUAUUUUCUGUAUUAUCAGUUUCACAAUAUAUUCUGUAACCAUUACCCUGAGCAAAACUACAAAGAUUGAGCAAAAUGCACCAAACUGUUCUGCUGUAACACAAUUAAUGAGCAUGACUUUGGUGCAAAAAGAUUCUACUAAUGGCAGAAACUGAGCCAGACUUUCCAUACUUGAAGAACGGCAUUGCCGGUUUCCAUAUACAGGGCUCACCACUGAUGUCAGAUGGUGGUCUCUUUAGGGCCUCUUGUGGCGCUGCUAGCGUCCUGCCAUAGGUCCUUCAUGGAUGUCUAAGGUGCAUCUGACAAAAGGUUUUGUUCAAAGAGCUUCCCUCAAAAACCACUUUUACAAUCUCUGGGUAAAUUGUGAAAAAAGAGAUAAAAAGCUUCUUCUUCUUCUUUUUUUUUUUUUUUAAAUGUGGGUACUGUAUCUCCAAGCAUAUGGAGUAUGAGGUCUUCUCGUGACUGCCUGUCCCAUGACUUCCUGUGUAGAGCUGUGGUGUAGACUACGGGGGGUGGGGGGAGGGUUUGGUCACUCUGUGGUUUCUUGUGGAUGGGUGCGUUCUCUGAUGUACUCCCUCCCUGUGGGGGGAAGGCCUUAAGUGUACUGUGAACAUCACACUACUCUGAAGAUCAAGUCGUCCUCACUUUCUAGCCUUGUACAUUUGCCGUUUGGACUUUUUUCUAUGUGAAUUUUUUCUAUAUGAAUUUUGGUAUGUUUUUUUUUCCCU